AUACAGUUACUGUAGAAGUUAGUCUUCGUGUACUUUCAGUAUUUGUUAGCUCCCGUAUAAUACCUCAGUGGGAAGCAGCUUUUGCAGCUCUGAAAAAGGGUUAGGUAGAGAGAGCGAGGAUAAUAACGUCCCUCAUUCGGAAAUAUAGAGAGGUGUAUCUGCAUUUUCAACUACUGUAUAAACCUUGUUACUAAUGCAGAACAUAUUCACAUUUAAUCCACGGCGAAGUUCAAUAUUUCGAAUUGAAUCCCAGCGGCAGGUCCUUUCCCGCAAAGCCUGAAUUUCCUGUUGAAUAUAAUGAACUAAUUAUCCGGAUUAGCGAAGUAAAGCUGGUAGAUCAGGGUGCUUUUCCUGCAAGUCUUCGCUCUCACGUAACAGCAGACGACAUCUGAACGAUACUGCGUGCGAUCGCAUCCGUGAUUUGGACUUUUUGUUAAUAUCAAGGACGAAAUUGCACCUUUUGUUUUCUGCAGAGUGUUUUUGAUCUUAUCGAAACUUGAUACGGAUCUAUUCGGAUUAAGCGCAUAAGAUUGACAUGAAGGCCUAAGUAAUUCGACGGACUCGAUCGGAAGAAGCCAAUCCAAGAUGGCGGACAAACCGGUUCCAGAAGACAAAUCUGAAGAAGCUGAGGUCAAUGGGAACCUAAGCGGAGACCAGCUGGCGAUAUACAGCGGCGAGGUGUCCCCACAUAGACCGGUCUCUGAGUCUGAGAACGAAGAAGAUCUCAAUGGACCAGGAAGUAGAAGAUAUUCCUAUGGUGAGGCACUGGACAACCACGAUCUUGACACGAUGUAUGGCGACUCCGCUCCCGAUGACGUGAAGAAACGUCGGGAGAUGACGCGUGAUGGCCGUAGGGCAUCGGCUAAGUUGCAGCGCCUGGAUUCGAUGAAAGUGUUGUUACCUUACCGACGCGGCGGACGCAGGAGGGGAGCGAGUCCUAUUGAUUCAUCGGGACUCUUUUCUUCCAUACUACUCACGUGGAUGACGCCAUUGUUCAGAAAAUCUUUCAAUGGCUACAGUCUGAAAGAGAGUGACCUCGUCCACCUCAGGUCACACAAGGAGACCUCGCAGACAGCGGCAUUAAGGCUUGAGGAGCUUUGGGCCGACGAGUUGAUGGAGAAAGGUCCUGAAGAGGCUUCUCUUGGUCGGGUUAUGAUGCGGCAUCUAAGGACACGUCUGAUCGCUGCUGGUUUUGUCAUAUUCUUCGCUUUGGGAACAAACUUUUUACUCAAUCCGUACCUGUUCUUCUGCCUCCUCACGCAUCUGAACCAGCCUGAGCCAGUUGUAUGGUACGCCUUGUGCCUCGCCCUUGGUAUGACACUCAGUUAUUUGGUGCGUGCCUUCGGCGUCCAUUUUGGUUGGUACCUUAGCGUCCGCACUGCGGGGCGCCUGCGCAGUGCAGUAUUGAUGCUGAUCUACACCAAAAUAUCGCGACUGCGCAGUACGGCGGAGCUUUCUGUCGGGGAGAUUGUAAACAUCGUUGUGAAUGACUGCACACGUAUCUUCGAAGCUUGCCACAUGUCCGCCAUGUUUGUCAGCGUUCCGCCAUUAACCGUACUUCUCUUCAUUGGCUGUCUCGUCCUGAUGGGGGCUAGUGCACUUAUAGGAAUACUCACCAUACUUGCCUUCUACUUCAUCCAGAUCGGGAUAGCUAAGCUGACUGCCCGCUACAGACAGGAAGGUGUAGUGAUGACAGACAAGCGGGUUCGCCUGAUGAACGAGCUUCUGACGUGUGUAAAGCUCAUAAAAAUGUAUGCCUGGGAGGCGCCAUUUACCAGAACCAUCGCAGGUAUUCGUAAGUCGGAAGGACGCGUGCUCAAGCUCUCUGGAUACCUACAAGCUCUGUCUUUUUCCAUAUCUUUCCUCGUCGCCCCGGCUGCAACUCUUGCCACUAUCGUUAGCCACACGUUAAUAGGCCACUCGAUAUCAGCAGCUCAGGCAUUUACACUGAUGUGUCUAUUCACGGGCCUGACAGUGUGUCUCUACAUGAUACCUAGUGCCCUCAAACCUAUCGUCGAGUCCAGGAUCGGUAUCCAGCGAAUCAAGGCUGUGUUAUUACUGAGGGAAAGCGAUGACCACGUCGAACCGCCGGAUGAUCAUGACAUCGCCAUCAAAAUGACGGACACCACACUCUCAUGGGUUGACCCGGAAUCACUCCCUAACGCAACUUCCAGCGAAAACGGAGGUCAUGCGGAGCGACAGUAUGGUCCCGAUGGGAACUCGGCCAACACAUCUGGAAGUUCGGAUUAUGGACCGCGCCUCGAGAGAGAUGACGUGCGGCAGGUAGAUCGGUUGCUAUGGGAUUCUGACGUCAAUAAAUCGUUGCCGUGCGCACUUCGGAAUAUCAACCUAACUGUAGAGAAGGGCAAACUCAUUGGGAUAUGCGGUAGUAUCGGGAGCGGCAAGAGUUCGCUGCUCUCUGCCAUCCUCAAGCAAAUGUACACAAUAAAUGGCAAAAUUGAGAGAGCAGGAACCAUCGCAUACGCUUCGCAACAAGCGUGGAUUAUGAACACUACGGUCAAACAGAACAUCGUCUUCAAUCAACCUUUCGAUAGCAAACGAUAUCGGAAAGCGGUAUUCGCCUGUUCGCUGCAACCCGACUUCAAGAUAAUGACGCAUGGGGAUAGGACAGAAAUCGGAGAGCGGGGCACCAACCUGAGCGGUGGUCAGAAGCAGAGGAUCAGUCUCGCCAGAGUGCUCUAUUCCAACCGUGACAUCUAUCUUCUAGAUGAUCCAUUGAGUGCAGUAGAUGCCCAUGUUGGACAGCACAUCUUCACACAUUGUAUCAAGGACGCCAUGAAAGGAAAGACAACCAUCUUUGUCACGCAUCAGUUACAAUAUCUCAAAGACUGCGAUCAUGUACUCCUCAUGAAAGAUGGGCAGAUUAGUGAGAGUGGCACCCACGAUGAACUACUGGGUCUGAGCGGGGAGUAUGCAAGACUAAUCCAGACCUAUCAUCCAGAGGAGGAAGAGGAGGAGGAGGAGGAGAAGGAGAGAGAAGAAAGCAGGAAAGAUGAAUUGAGCCAAACCCAGCCUUCUCAGGAGAAUGAUGAAAAGAAAGACGAAAAGAAAGCAGGCUCACCCGUCAAAGAUGGGAAGGGCACGUCUGCUGAGCUGAUAAAGGAAGAGAGCAUGGAAUCAGGAAUGGUUUCCAUGGCAACGUACAGCUCCUACGUCCACUAUGCAGGCGGAUGGUGCAAAGUCAUAGGAACGGGUCUCUUCAUCGUUCUGUCUAACGCCUUCCUCGUCGCUACCAAUGCCUGGCCGGCCAUUUGGUUGAGGGCAGCAGACAUGCAAAAUGUGGAAUAUCAAGUAAUAACAAACAUGAACGACACCUACACAGACUACUACACGGAAGCUCCAUAUGAAGAAACAGAUGAAAGCCUCGAUCUCGAUGAAAGACUCGACUUCUAUGUUGGUUUCUACGUAGCCCUGUUCUUGGCCGUUCUGGUCAUGUUCGUACUGUCGUCAAAAUUUUAUGUCAUUCUUGUAUUACGAGCGGCCAGCAACCUUCACAACGCCUUGUUUACGAGAGUGAUCGAGAGUUCCAUGAUCUUCUUUGACACCACUCCGCUGGGCAGGAUUCUCAACAGAUUCUCAAAAGACAUGGAUGAAGUUGAUCUUGAUCUUCCAAACUGCCUGUUACGCAUGAUCUACUGCCUGUGUUUUUGCGUGAUUGGCGAGCUUGGAGCGUGCGUCUUUCUCCCAUGGAACAUUCUUCCGUUCCUGCUCUUCAUGCCCGCCUGCCUUUUCAUCCUGCGGUUCUUCCGCUGCGGAUUCUGCGACAUCAAACGGCUGAAUAACAUCUGCCGGUCCCGCCUCGUCUCCCACCUCUCAGUAUCCAUGCAGGGACACGCUACCAUCAAAGCUUUCUGCAAGUCAACCUACUUCAUUAGGAGGUACGAAGCCUUACUGGACAGUGACACACAACUGCUCCAGACCGUACAAAUGGCAAUACGCUGGGCUGCGGUCAGACUCGACUCGCUUGCUGCCCUUAACGCUGGAGUGGUGACAGUCAUUAUCAUCCUAUGGAGGGAUCACAUGUCCAAUUCAAUCAUGGGCUUCGUUCUCUAUAUCGUUUCAAGUCUAUGUAUAGGGACCAUCCAAACUACAUUCAUCGCAUUGACGGAGACAGAGAGUAGUUUUAUUGCAGUGGAGAGGCUGUUAGAAUACAUUCAGACUCUACCACCAGAGGAGGCUAAGACUGAGAAGAAAUCGCCGGAUGUUACAGGCUGGCCGUCAGAGGGGCGUGUCCAGUUCAAGGGUGUCAAGAUGCGCUACCAGCCCCAUCUUCCGUUGGUCCUAAAAGACAUCAAUCUAGUCUUCGAGCCCAGAGAGAAAGUUGGGAUUGUGGGAAGGACCGGAUCAGGUAAAUCGUCUCUGGGAAUAGCCCUGUUCAGACUGACACAGAUCUGUGAAGGGUCUGUUCUCAUUGAUGGGAUGGACAUCGGUAAGCUAAGCCUCCAGGACCUACGCAAUAGCCUCUCCAUCAUUCCUCAAGAUCCGGUCCUCUUCAUUGGAACCAUCAGAUACAAUAUAGAUCCUUUCAAUGAGCAUCCUGAUCAUGAGCUAUGGGAAGCACUGGAGAAAACUCAUAUCAAGCAGACGAUCACUAAUCUUGAUGGGAAGCUUGGUGCGCCGGUGCUGGAGAAUGGAGAAAACUUCUCGGUCGGCGAGAGACAGCUCAUUUGCAUGGCCAGGGCAUUACUACGAAAAAGCAAGGUUCUGUUACUAGACGAAGCAACAGCAGCUAUAGACACGCACACAGAUAGCCUUAUACAGCAGACUAUACGAGACGCAUUCCAAGAUUGCACCAUGCUCAUCAUAGCACAUAGACUCAAUACAGUACUAGAUUGUGAUAAAAUACUAGUCAUGGACCAGGGCCAGGUGGGAGAGUUUGAUUCACCGUCUAACCUACUCGCCAAUCCUAACUCCAAACUGUCAGCCAUGUUGGAAGCAGCUGGAGACAAGACCACACCAGGGCAGAGCUCUCCAUGACACAGUCCUGGGCCCCCGUUUCACAAAACUUGUCAUCAGUGACAAAUGACAGCUUUUGUUAUAAGCUACUGAAAUACUGAAAUGGUUAUCAGCAGAUUUGUCACUGAUAUUUUUCAUUUGUUAAUGAAAAAAGGCUUUGUGAAACACCCUCCUGAUGUACAUGUAGGCCUAUGCUAGACCCAACUGUGGGCCUGUACUUGGGCCUAUUGUAGGUGCUGCUGCAUGUAUCCGUAUUAGACCCAGUGUGGACCAGUCCCACAGAGGUGCUUGUUGGAGCCAUGAUACAGGGUGAACCAGUGUGGACCUAGACGAGGCUAAUGUGUAUGGAUCCAUACAAGAGCUACAUAUAGUCUUUUUCUAUUCAAGACUAACUCUACUAUUGUAUUCAAGUUUUGGUGCUCAGUUGACUAAUGGGUUCUGCCAAUUGAAUUAGUCAUCUAUAGAAUUAGAAGGAUUAGAGGGAUAAAAAUAUAUUUAUUGGCGACCCACCCCCCCCCCCCCCCCCCC